AUGGGGUUCGGAGACUAUCCGAAAGAAUACAACCCAUCGGUCCACGGCCCGUACGAUCCUGCUCGUUUUUAUGGCAAACCUGAUACCCCCUUCGGUCAGUUGAAGUUAAGUGAAAUAGGAUCAUGGCUGGGACGCCGUAACAAGACUCCCUCUGCAUUCAUGGGAACUAUUAGUCGAGCCUGGUGGAGGUGGCAGCACAAGUAUGUGCAACCUAAACGUGUUGGAAUAGCUCCAUUCUUCCAACUUAUUGUUGCUAACAUGGUGUUCUUCUACGCAAUUAACUAUGGAAAAAUGAAGCACCACAGGAACUACAAAUACCACUAA